AUGUCGUCAGAAAGUAGCCCACCUCCUCCUGAAUCCUCUCCGGAUGAUAAGAAAGACAAGGAAAUCAAGAACGAAACUUCGAGCGAGGCUGGAGACGGUGAGCUGGAGGUGAUGGUUGGUAACGAGAUGAUCAGCGAUGCCAAGACGUCACCUCAGGACUGGCGCCCAUUGCGAUCGAGAUCGUUCCUCACUGAUGCGCAGGUGGCGAUCCUGAAUACGCACUUCAAGCGAAAUCCAUUCCCUUCUAAGUAUGAACUGUCAGCAGUUGCUGAGCAAAUUGGAGUGAAUAAACGCGUUGUGCAGGUGUGGUUCCAGAACACUCGAGCCAAAGAGCGACGAGGCAAUCGGUUACCACCUCUUGGUCGAAUGCCUUGGCCAGUGCCGCCGGCCACUACGUCACUUCCACAUCAAAAUGCCGCCCAAAUCAUGACCGCAUGGGCUCAGCAAUACUCAACUUUCGCUUCUCAGGCGGAUCAGCAAUCAGCCGAUGAGUCAGCGAAUCAGAAGGAAGAGGAAAACGUCGUCGACGAUGACAAAUCGAACACGCCACUUGACCUUACGGUAAAGGACGAGGUCGACCAUGACUGGAGCCCUGAGAAGCUCAUCGGUCUAGUCGAUCGUAGUGCUGCCAACCUUCAACAAUUGCUCAAGCAAACGACCUCGACCGAUACGAGUCCGGCAUCUGAGGCGCCGGAAUCCGAGGUGACGUCGUCAAUAUGGCCCACGGCAAACAUGUUCCUCAACCAGUACAACAUCCUGAACGUCAGCAACUUGGCUGGACUUCAGAAUGUUUUUGAGAACCAAACCGAUGCCGACGAGACAAUGAGCCUGAGCUCGACUGACUCAAAAAGGAACAACUUCCGGAUAAACAAGCUGGUGGAAGAAGAAGGCCUAUUUGCCUGUGACCAGUGCGACAAGAUGUUCGGCAAACAGAGCUCGUUGGCAAGGCACAAGUACGAACAUUCAGGUAAUGUGUGA